AUAUGGGUCUUAGGAUUUCGUGUCUGUGGGUGCCUAGCCACUCCCAGAUACGUGGCAAUGAAAUGGCAGACAAGUUAGCUAACGAGGGCAGAUUGAUGCCCAAUCCCCAGAGGUUGAGGGCCGGGCCGAGCGAGCUGUGGCCUACAUAUAAAAAAGAAUUAAAAGCACUCUGGUGUAGGUAUUUCAAAGAAGUGAGUGAAAAUAAGGGAAUAAAUUAUGCUCAAAAGUUGAAUUGUCGGCCGUAUAUCACUGAACACUGGUUUCGGAGGUUCGAAAGACCCAGAAAGUACAUAUCCACCCUCUGUAGGAUGCGUUCGGGUCAUUGCUCUUCUCCGCCCCACCUGUACAGGCUGAGAAUUUUGGAUUCUCCGCUGUGUAGUUGAGGCGGAACCUUUGACUUUUUCCAUUUGUUUUUUGACUGUGACAAAUAUA